AUGUCUCGCGGCGGCACCACUCUCUACGUGACCGGCUUUAGCCACGGCACCCGCGCUCGCGACCUCGCCUACGAGUUCGAACGCUUCGCUUUUGUUGAGUACGAGGACCGUCGUGAUGCUGAUGAUGCCUACCAUGAGAUGCACAACAAGCGCAUCGGUCGCGAUGACAUUUUGAAGAUUGAGUGGGCUCGUACCCCUCCUUCUGCCUCAUGGCGCUUCGAAUCUGGACGCGACCGUGACCGACGUGGUGGUGCUCGCUCCCCUCGACGUGGACGCUCUCCUUCUCCCCGCCGCAGCACUCGCGAUUAUUCUCCUCGCAAGGACGACCGCAGGGACCGUGACCGAGACUAUGACCGCGAGAGCCGACGUGACAGAGAUCGCUCUCGCAGCCCUGACCAUCGGGACCGUGAGCGUGACUCCAAGGAUGACCGUGAUGAUCGUGACCGACGGGAGAACGGUACGAAUGGUGACGAUCGCAAGGCUCUGGACAGUCCUCCUCCUGCUCACGACGAUCUUGAUGUUGCCGAGUAG